CCCGAACUGCCGGAGGUCAAAGUCUGUGAAAAUCUUUGUUUGCUGGUGAGCAGCUGCUCGACUCCGUCUGAAUAGUAUCUGAGCCAUCCUGAGUCCAUCCGAGACUGCUCAGCAUCUGCGGGCUCUCUGGCUUGCGUCACCAUCAGACCCUGAAUCAUGACUAAUCACUGCCUGCUCUAUCACUAAUCACCUAUUGCGUAACCGAUCUCACCCACAUUCCCCAUCCUGUCCCGUUUGGGCACUACUCAGCACGUCUCCGUAGAUUCCCAAAUACUCCAGGACUCCAGGACUCCAGGACUCCAAAACUCUCCAAGACUACUCAAGAUGUCCACAAUGAAAGCAAUUGUCGUCAAGAACGGCAAAGGCGACGCCGACUCGCUCUACAUCUCUGACUCGGAACCGAUCCCAGGCCCGCCCGCAGCCGGACAGGCUGUCGUCAAAAUCACCGCCUUUGCGCUGAAUCGCAUGGAUGUCCUCCAGCGGGAAGGAAACUAUCCUCUGCCUCCGCACGCCCCCUCCACUCUCGGGGUAGAGUUCGCUGGCUUCGUCUCCGCACUCGGUCCCUCGGAAACCUCCUCCUUCGCAGUCGGCGACGCCGUCUUUGGCCUCGCGGUCGGCGGCGCAUACGCCGAGUACAUCAUCUGCGACACCCGUCUGCUCACCAAAUACCCCUCCGACGUGCCCGACAACAAGCUCUCGUUCCUCGCCGCCGCCGGUGUUCCGGAGGUAUGGUACACGGCCACGCAGGCGCUGCUAUACAUUGCCGAGAUCCACAAAAACAAAGAGAACGUGAAGAACGUGCUGAUCCACGCCGGCGCGUCGGGCGUCGGCCUCGCUGCUUUACAGAUCGCGCGAUCGAUCCUCGGUCCAGAAGCAAAGAUCUUUGCGACAGUAGGCAGCGACAAGAAAGUCCAGGCGCUUCAGGAGAUUGUCAGAUGCACACCGAUCAACUACAACAAGCAGUCGUUUGUCGACGAGGUCUUGAAAGCGACCGAUAACAAGGGCGCUGAUGUCAUCGUCGACUUCAUCGGACCGGCGUACUUUCAGAAAAACUUGGACGUCGCUGCCGUCGAUGGUCGCAUAGUCCUGCUCUCGCUCAUGAGCGGUGUGAUUUCCGAUAAAAUAAACAUCGGCACCAUGCUCCGCAAACGUCUCCGUAUCGAAGGCUCGACCCUCCGCUCACGCUCGGUGCCGUACCAAACCGAGCUCAAGAAACUCUUUGAGGAGUACUGUCUGCCCAAACUGUUGUCUGGCGAAUUUGUCAACCGUAUCGAUAAGGUGUAUAACUACACUGAGAUUGUCGAGGCGCACAAGUAUAUGGAGUCGAACGCGUCGAUGGGCAAGAUCGUCUGCAUUGUGGACGAUACUAUGCCGUAGAUGCAUUAUUAUGACGAAUUACGACCGAUUAUUAGAAGUGCAACUGAAUAUAUAUCAUCUUGUAGAAACUAAUCGGGAAAACAGUAUGACAUAAUUCAUUACAUAACCCAAAUCA